AUGGAGGAGCAGAGCUAUACAGCCACCUCUGUGGUUAACCUGGUGGAUGCGUUUGAGAAACUCAGGUACAAUAAAUCUUCUCUCUCUCCCCCGCACCCCUGGAGAUGUUAUAAGAGAGAUCAGUUUUUUAAAGAGCAGAAAUGGUGUAAGGACUGUUUCAAGUAGCAUGGUUAAAAAAAAACCCCCUAUGAUUUUGCUGUUUAUUUAAUUCUGAUAAUCCUUUGGCAACCAAAUUGCUAAAUUCCCCUGGUUCCUGCCUCUGGCAGAGAAUGUGCCUGAGUCAUGGACACUGCAAAGCUCAUUCAGAGUCACUCCCAGAGACAUCAGUGCCAAUCCAAAUUGUCACCUGGGAAUGUGGUCUGCAGCCACACACCAUACUGGGAAGUGUAAUGAGGAAUUUGCAGUCAUACAAGCAGCUUUGCCUUUGCCGUGUCCCACAGAGACAAUCAUCUAGGGCUAAGAAGAAAAUUCAGACUUUGUGGACUUCAGGGUAAAAAGCAGUAUUGUGUCAGAUGCCGAAAACUUUUUAGUUUUAACAGGCUGUCCCAGCAGGAUCCGUUUACUGGUGGAGCAGCAUCUUUUUCUUCUUAUUAUUUUUAAAAUCUGUUUUAGCUGUUUCAUUUUCAUUGUUGUAUACUACUACUACUAUGCCGUUGUUGUGAUGCUUAGCUGUUUAAAAAAUAUUCCUAAUAAAUAAUAAUAAAAAAUAAAUAAUGGGGUGGCUAGCUUGUUUGGCUACAUUUGUGAGAUCAGGAUGCUGGACUAGGUGGGCUAUUGGCCUGAUCCAACAGUCUCUUAUUCUAUUCUUAUGUUUUCCCCCCACCCAUCGUCUCUGACCAUUGAGCAUGCUGGCUGGGGAUGACUGAAUCCAACAAUAUCUGGAGGGCAACAGGUUCCCCAUCCCUGUUCUAAAAGGUCAUUUAAACCGUUCUAGAUAGUGUUGCAAUCCAUGCAUAAUUCUGACACAUUGCUGAAGUGUGGAAGCUUUGCCCGUAAGAAACAGAAAUCAAUGUGGGUGGGUGUUACUCUUUAUUUUCUCGUAAGUAAUACAAGCUUACUGUAAGCUGCGGAGGAGCGCUCUCCUUCCGUAGCCCAAUCUGCUUCAGUGCUGGCCACAGAGUGAGCAAAGCCAUUUCCUCUGCCAGGAAACCUCAGUGCUCCCUGUCUUCUUUGCCAGCUCAGACACUCACCUAAAUGGAAUUCUAUGAGCUUGUCUGUGCAGGAUAUUGUGGGUGAAGGUACCCUGGGCUCAAGCCAUGGAGGGUUUCAGACGUGACAAGCAGCACUUCAGAUUGAACCUGGACAUGUAUUGGCAACCAGCACAGCUAUUCUGAUAGUGGGGUAAUAUGUCCACACACCAGUGUUUCUGGGAGCACCUUUGCUUCUGCAUUCUGCACCAACCUGAAGUUUCCAGAGGCCCUUCAAAGGCAGCUGCAUGCAGAACAUAUUAUACAGUAACCAUUGCAUGUCUCACUGUAGAUAACUCCGAUCUACUGAUUAAAUGGGUGCACAUUUUUGGCCACAGCUGUUCGCUGGGCAUCCAGUGGGGUACCCCCCCUUUGCCAAGUUUUUCUGCACUCUGACAGUUCCGCUAUACAUUCAUCCAUUGCUAACAUGAUAUUUCAGUGCUAAAUAGGGAAAUCGGAGCACAGGUUUGUACAAAAUGAAGAAGGGGCAUUUUCUAGUAAAACCAAAACAAAUUAAGAACCAACAGAAAACUGCAGGGGGAUUUGACGCCAUUGCUCUCAAGAGCCCUGGCACUCUGCAGUGGCUCAGAGAAGGAAGGGAUUUCCACGUAAACCCCUGAAAUGCUGCAUCCCUUCUGCUGAUAAAUCCGGCGGCUGGACUCUGCGCUAUUUGUCAGAUGAAAAGAUAUCAGCCUGAUUUAUAUUUUAAUGGAUUUGGAUUUUAUGAAGACUGCCAUCUGGUUGUCUUUUUGCGGCAUCCUAAGUCCAGAUGUGGCUUUGCACUUUCUUUUUUAAGUUGGCAUCCUUCUUUUCUAUUAUACCUCCGCAUUAGAGUUACAUUGCAAACUGGCAUGAUUUCAUCAUGCAGAUAUGAGAAAACACACACACCAUGCAAAGGACUACAAAACAAAAGCAUAUGUGAAUGCCCCUUGUGAAAUAGUCCUGAGAGUUGAUGGGAGUCACACCCUGACUUCGCUGAGCCUCCUUUCCAUCUUCACAUAGCUUACAGUUGUAGGAAGUGGGAAGGCCUGGGGAAGCUCAGCGGUAUGGCAUAUGCUUUGCUUGCAGAGAUUCCAGGUUCAGCCCUUGGCAUCUUCAGGUAGGGCAGGGAAGCACUCCUGCCUGAAACCCUGGAGAGCGGCUUCCAGUCAGUGUCAGCAACACUGAGCUAAAUGGACCAAUGGCCUGACUUGGCAAAAGGGCAGCCCUGCUCUCCUGCCACUGUUUUGUUGCCUGAUCUCAGUGCAACAGUGUCUCCCUCUCCUCAUGUGUCAAAUGAAAGAGGGGAAAUUAUGCUUCACUGUGUUUGUUACUGUGCUUCCUUAGCACACUGUGAAGCUGCUGUUCCUGUUUCUUAGUAUACGCAGAGCGAGGAGACUAUAUUCUCCCUCUCAAUCUGUGUCUCACAAAGGAGCAGUCAAAAGCUGGAACAGAAGCAGAAUUGUUUGUGGAUGGUCUUGAUUGCAUGGAAAGGUUCAGGGAUAGAAAUGGCUUUGGCGCUUCCGGCGGGCUUCCCUGCUUUCUUGGACGUGACGUACCCACUGCCUCUCUUGCUUCCAGUUCUUUGGCUUCAUUAUACCAGUCCCACCCUACAGUUUGACUGUCACCUUCAUUUUCUAAGCGCUUGACCUGGUGGAACUCUUAAGGGCUGAAUUUGUAAAGUAGAACCCUUGAAACUCCCAAGACAAAAUGGUCAAAGGCUCCAUUUGCCUGGGAGCUUCUUUCUUCCAAGGUAAACUGAACAACAGGAGAAGUUUCUCUGAGAAAAGGUGCUGAUGGCGGCGGGGAGAGAGAAUAUUCCUGUUAUGGACUGAAGUUCUCACCCUGGGCCAGCAGUAGAUAGUUUUCACUCAGGUCCACAUAUGCAAAUAAGGGAUUGAAAGUGACAUUCAGUGAUUGGCUAGUUACAGAAAGUGGUUACUGUUGCGUUGUAGUGGAGCUCUAUAUAAGCAGGCUGGCUGAACCCUUCAGUUCAGUUCUGUUCUGGCCUGUGAAUAAACAAGAGCUGUUGAAGAAUCGCUGUGUCGUCUGAUAUGUUCACCCACAACUUAAUAAUUCCUGUGGUGUUUUCAUAGGCCCUAAGCAAUUUGGAAUACACUAGUGGGAAGAGGACUACCUUUUUAAAUGUAUCUGUGUGAUAUUACUGUGAUAUUUUCUUCAAAGUGUAAAAAACCUCCCAAGCACAAACUUCAUUCAAUCACAAGUGAAUCAUAGAAUUGUAGUGUUAGAAGGGUCCUCAGGAGUCAUCUAGUCUAAUCCUUUGCAAUGUAGGAAUCUUUUGCCCAAUGCAACCCUCAAAUUAAGUACCUCAUGCUCCAUCAACUGAGCUAUCAAGGGGAAACUGAAGGAAGCUUACACCUUAAAGAAGCCCAUAUUUUCCAUAGACAGUAGACUAGAAAAGAGGAGCUUAUUCCCUCAGUUAUUUAAUAUGUACCUAUGCUUCUUUUAUAUUCAAGCACACAUACUUCUCUGUCAGCAACCACUCUAGGUUGCCAGGCAUCUUGCCUUGAGAAGUGCCUCUAAAAUCUCUUGGAUCCAUGUUCUUGAGUAUACACCCUGAAAUUAAAUCGCCAUGAUAUAUUACACCUGCAGCAUAUCUGCUUUUAGCGCUGUUGUCAUCUCCUGGCAACUAUUGCCCUUUUCAGAUCUUCUCCAUGCUUCUAUGGGAUGUGCAGAGGGAAGGGUGGCUUUUGCCCAUUGGCCUCACUCCCUGACCUCCCGCGUUCAGGGGAGAAAUUCCGAAAAGCACCUCUGUGCAAUGACAGCUGUAAAGGCACAUAGACUCCUCAGGCAACCUGCCACCCUAAUGGUGCAGAGUUCCCACUGUGCAACAAAGCUAUAGCCCUGCAAAGGCUUAUUUCAGGCUUUCUGCUGAAUGUGUGACGGCAGGAGGGUGAGGGCAGCAGGCAGAAUCUGCCUUCUUCUCUGGCCCCACGACAUGCGCUGUGAUCUCUGGGUGGGGAACAUGCAAACAGUCUACCAGCUCCUUCCCUUAACUUGCCCAUUCCCUACGUCAGCCCAGAGGGGGUUGUCCCUUUAGCAAGACUGCUGCCUCUGGUUAAUCUUGAGCUGUGGCUUGUUUUGGAAAGGCAAAACUUUGCUUCGGAAGAGGAAAUAAAAGCUGACUUUUGGAUACAUGAGGAAGCUUAAGGAUAGUUAUGACAGCUGAUUGUGGAACAGAAAAGAGGAUGUAGCCUUCAGUAGCUACUCUCAAUGUAAAUAUGAAAAAGACUUCCUCAGCCCUUGUGUAUCAUACAUUUUAAAGCACAUCCCCUCCCCAUUGCAAGAAUCCUGGGAAUUGUAGUUUUUAAGGGCCUUGGCAAAUAGCUCUGUGAGGGGUAAAUUACAGUUCUCGGGAUUGUUUAUUUAUUUGAUUUAUAGCCCAACUUUUUCUCCAAGCAGCUUCGGGUGGCACGCGUGGUUCCCCCCCUCUCCAUUUACUCCACACAACAACCCUGUGAGGUAGGUUAGGCGGAGAGGCAGUGACUGGCCCAAAGUCACCCAGUGAGCUUCAUGGCUGUGUGGAGGUUUGAACCCUGGGCUCCCAAGUCCUUGUCCGGCACUCCUGGUGUUUCCAAAGCUUGGGUUUCCAGCUGUUGCUGGACUACAACUCCCAUCAUCCCUAGCCAGUAGGACCAGUGGUCGGGGUGAUGGGAGUUGUAGUCCAACAACAGCUGGAGACCCAAGUUUGAGAAACACAGCUCUAAGCACUACAUCAUGUCCCUUAAUGUGCAGGUACAUAGCUUUCAUAUGAUGUUUUGGUCUACAAGAGGCACAAGCAUUUCUAUGAAAGAGAAGACAGGCAAACUGUUUAGUUUUUUUAGCUUCUCAUGGGCCAAUGUAUUGGUGUCCAGUGGUACACUGUUCACAUAUGUAGGCAUGAUGGUCUUCAUACAAUGGAUGCAAAGCUUUUGUACAUGCAUUAUGCAUCCAUGCCUAUUGUGUUAUUUACAGGGUUGCAAUGUUUAUCAACUGAUUAGUGAUUUAGGCUGCAGUCCUAUUACCCACUUACCUGUGAAAGUGAAUUCAACAGGACUUACUUUCUGGUGUAGGGUUGCACUGUUAAAUAUUUUUGUAGGUACCAAAAAAAGGUGCCCUAGAUUAACUGGGUGCAGAUUUUUGAAAAUAAAUGAUGAAAUCCAAUGUCACAUGGGCGGACUUCUGCUUAUGUUGUGGGAUGUCCUCUUUCUGACCUCCUGUCUGCAGCUUGCUGCCCUAAAAAUCUGUUCUGAUGCAUUCCCCAACCAUCUGAAGCAAAUUUUGUGAGUGCAUGUCAGCUGCAGGAGAAGGAGAGGAAAGGAAUGGCCUGUUUGCACAAGAAGAAGCCUGUUCCACUGGUAGGCAGAUCUCACCCAUUAUUUAAGAAAGAAAAACUCUGCAGAUAGCAUGCAUUUCUCGUUUUCUCUCAGGUACGAUAGUAUGCCUCUUCUAAGUUGAUGUCUGCUGUGACACAUGCAUGCAUUAUCCAAAAAAACCACCAAAAACCACCCCAAAUACAGCAUUAAAAAUGUUUGCAAUCAGUGCGUUAAUCAAUGAAUCAACUCAAACUCAUACAAUUAAUAUCUUUGCAAUCUUAGUUAUUCAGCUACAAUUGCUGAUGCUGUUGUGUAACUAAGGAUGGAGAGCUUUUGUUGCUGUUUCAGAAGUCCCUGUUCCCCAGGGCCCAAACAGAUCAUGAUGUGGAUGUGGGAGGCUAGAGAUCUGAUCUCCUGGUUGUUGUUGUUUUUUGCUUAAUCUUUUAUUUUAGUUCUGUUUUCUGGAUGUAAAUUAACCCACCCCCCACCCCCAGCUACUGGUUAGGUGAGAAGGAGGAAAUAGGCAGUCACGAUACAGCUGCCUGUAUUUAGAUGUGGGUAAAACUGUCAAUCCUAGUUUGUUUCAGUUUCUCAUUUUUCCAAACUAAAGUUCAGUUCCCCACAUUUUUACAAAAAAGUCCUCAUGAGAACUCGCCAGCAUUUCAGUGUUAAUUUCUCUUUUUUGAAAGGCAAUUUUGCCUCCCACGUACAUUUUAACACAGUGUAUUUUCCCUAUUAUUUACAUUUCCCCUACUAUAGUGUGAUUUUGAAUGUUAUUUUCAGUGACAUGAACAUUUCCUGCCCCUUAGUGCUGGAGAACAGCACUGUAAAACUCAGAGAGGUGCAAAUAAUGAUGGUUUGGUCCCUAUGUUGCCUCUGAAUGUUUUGCUUUUGCUUUGGAUCUCACCACACAGACGGCUUGGCUGUGCACUGUGUUUUGCAGAAGUGGGCUGAAUAAUGUCAUUCUAAAACUGCUUGUCUUUUUUGUGGCUAGAGCUUGCCCGAGUCCCAGCAAGGAGCAGGUCCUUCCUCAGUCUGGGCCCUGCUUGAGAGCACCAAAUCUCAUGGUGUCCUACCUGCUUCCACCUGCGACUAGCAGAAGAGCUAUGAGCGAAGCUAAGCAAAUGCCUGUGCAGCACAGCCAAAUGCCCUGCCGUGCAGAAUCAGUGAUGGAGCCACGAGAGGCUCCCAGAGGGCUCACAGUCAAGUGUCUCAGCUCUUUCCGUGGCAAGAUCAGUGCAGGCAACUGGAGGAUUCCACAAGAUGCAGACUUCCAGGCAAGCCUCAGGACAGACUCCAGCAGCAGCGGAAACCAGGUCAUUAACUACCAGAUUACUGUUGUUGUUGUUGUUACAGAUCAUGUAGAGUAGGGCCAAUGUUCUGGGCAACUGGUGCUGUCAGGCAAGGAAUGUCUAGAGUGAGGAAAUGGCAUGUCUAUCAGCCCAACCCCUCUCCGCUGUUCCUAGGUGUGCGCCCAACGAGGCAGCUGCAGCAACGGAGAGGCCCCACCCACAACCUAAGCUGAUGCAUCUCCCCAAGCAGGUGCAGACUUUGUCUACGCAAAACCAUUUUCUGCUCCUUCUGCUCCAGUCCUCUUCUGGUCCUGGGAGAGAGUGGAGCACGAGAGGUGGGGGCAGGAGGAGGAGGUGUGGCAGCCAGAGGUGCCGUAUUGUGCCCAAGAUUGGGGAGGGGGGCGUCGUGCAUCGUGUGUGUGAGACGUCAUGAAUGCGGUGCAUGCAUGAUAUCGCAUUGUCAGGAGAAGGCUGAUUCUAGAGCCCAGCACGGCACAAUUCCUCUCUUAAGCUCAGGAGGAGCUAGCCACUGAACCAUGCUGGCCUCCUCUGCCCUCUCAAUAUUGAGGGGUCUCGGCCCCCUGCCAGCAGAUAUUGAGGAGGCCGAAGACACCUCCACCCCUGGGGGUGGACACACCCUCGACUCUACUCCUGCCUGACUUAUCUUUCCCUCCUCCUGCGCCUGUUUUUCUUUUGUAAUGCUUUUUAUUGGUUUUUCAUUUCAAACAAACAAAAUACAGUAAUAUUCAACAAUCAUCUACCCACUUCCUUACCCAACACUCUGCCGAGCACUGACUUCCCUCCCUCCCUUCAACAGGUUUUCUUAUUUCAGUCUCCUUUCCACUGUUUCUUGUUUUAUCCAGUCCACGUCGUAAGAUUUAUUUCAGUCUUCAGGUUUCUACAGUUAUUAUUUAUAUAAUCCAUAAAUUUACUCCAAUCUCUUUGGAAUUUUGUUUCCUCCUGGUUUCAGAUCCUGCAGGUCAGUUUUGCUAGUUCCGCGUAAUCCACCAUUCUCAUCUGCCACUCCUCCACUGUUGGUAAUUCCUGUACUUUCCAUUUUUGGGCUAACAAAGUUCUAGCAGCAGUUGUAGCGUACAUAAAUAACCUUUGGUCUGCUUUUUCUAUUUUCUCUCCCAUCAAGCCUAGCAAAAAAGCUUCCGGCUUUUUUGGGAAAGUAUAUUUGAACAUCUUUUUCAAUUUGUUAUAAAUCAAUUCCCAGGAUAGUUUUAUUUUCUCACAUGUCCACCACAUGUGGUAAAAAUCUCCAUCCUUCUCUUUACAUUUCCAACAUACUUUACAGCUCAUCCUAUACAUUUUUGCCAAUUUAACAGGUGUUAAGUACCAUCGGUACAUCAUUUUCAUUAUAUUCUCUUUUAAGGUGGUACAUGCUGUGAAUUUUAAACUGGGUAUAGUAUGGGCUGGAUAUAGUAUGGGACGCAAGUAAAGCGGUAAUGAGAGGUUUUCUGAUACAGAAAAAUAGCUUCCAAAAAAAGAAAGAAAGAAAGAAAGAAAGAGCGAGAAAGAAAGAAAGAAAGAAAGAGGAAAUCCUGACUCAUCUCAUGAAAAAUGAGGGGAAAAAUUCAGUAAAACCUAAAGAUGAACAAAUAAAACAAACAAACAGGACCAUCACUCAGUGAUAAAGGACUUGCUGUGCAUGCAGAAGGUCCCAGUUUCGGUCCUUGGCAUUUCCAGAUCGGACUGAAAAUGUCCCUUAUCUCACAUCCUGGAGAGCCACUGGCUGUCACUGUAAACAAUACUGACCUAGAUAGACCCAUGGCAGGACCCUGUAUGAGGCAGCUUUCUAUGUUCCUAUGUAUAUUCAUAAUUGUGUACACACACAAACACAGCCUUAGUUAGAGAACCCAGCCCUACUAAUCUGCAGUGCCCCCACUGACAAGGAGAGCAGGAUCUACUCCACUGGGCUCAUGCUUAAUGCUCCCCAUGAUCAAACAGUUUCUCUUUAUACACACAGGAGCCAGAAGAGAAAAAAAUAGCAUUGGAGCUCCUGCAAACAGAGCAGGCCUAUGUCAGCCGCCUUCAUCUUCUGGAUCAGGUUGGUUUGUUACAGGCGACAACAGAUUUAUGUGCUUCUGAUUGACACAUGAUUGCGCAUGCACGCACCGGUCGUCACAGAAUCCGGAAGUAUCCCUAAAACAUCACUGAAAGGGUGGAAUGGGGGCUAGGCAGACUGCUUUACACACUGAUGCAUGCAGGGGGUCCAGAAUGUAACCCCAGUGCAAAAUGAGGAUUGCCUGUAGUUUACUUGACAGGGGCGUGCUAGGUAAUGGUGUUUUUGUUUCCUGAAAUGGGGGUGGUAAACCAAAUAAGUUUGGGAACCUCUGCUCUAGAGGGACAGGUGAAGGGAAAGUUCACUUUGAAAAAUUGUGCAUGUUAAAGUAAAAGUGCAUGAAAAAGCUGGUGAAUUUGCAAAAUAAAUGAAUAAAUCACAAGCUGAUGCAGAAAUGUAGAUGACUAAACUUAAGGCUGGAAAAACGAGCAACUGAGAAAACCCAAAACUGACAGCUUUGUCCAUCCCUGGGUUCCAGGUGUUUUUCUCAGAGCUGCUGAAGGAAGCCAGGAGUGGAAGAACAUUCCCAGAAGAGGUGGUGAAAAUGAUAUUCUCCAACAUCUCAUCCAUUUACCAGUUCCAUGCACAGUUUUUCUUGCCAGAGCUGCAGAAACGUAUGGAAAACUGGUGAGUUAUGGCAGCCAUACCCCUUUCCCCAUUGCAUUCCUGGAAAGGGAAGUGAGAGGGGUGGGGUGAAGGUUUACGCAACUGAAACCAACUGUUGUAUUAUUUGAAGUCUAGAAUCUGAAAAGAUACCGUACAAGAGGUCUGUGGAAGGGUCAUUUUGAGUUAAAACCUUGGUUCUUUGUCCCACCAUGAAAUAGAUCUCUAUUAUAGGUUGUGCCAUCUGACAAAGGACUAAUCUUGGUGUGAAACAAUAGAUAUCUUUGUAUUACAUACUUCCUUUGUCUGCAGAGGGCACUUUGGCAAACAUUUGCCUUUGUAGAACAAAGACUUGCAAUUAUAUGAUGAAGGGCAAUGCGGAAAUAUCUUAGAUAAAUAAGAACUAAAUCAGCAGUACUUCUCGCAUGUAUCUGUUUGUCUUCCUGUGAUGGGAGGACGUAUGAGGACAAUCAUUUCACUUCCUAGCUUUUUUUCUUUUUUUUACUGAAGAUGUUAAUUAAACAGAGACAGCCAGGAUGGUUUGUGCUGUGAUGUACUGUUAAAACUGUGUAGAAGCUGGGCAGCAUCCAGCGGGGACUCCUGCAGAUGUCACAAACCAGUGCCGGCGAUACUUGGGCAUUGCAAUCGAGACCAGGGAUAGAGGCAGGCAGGCAUUUCCCAAAGCAUCUUCCCUGGACCGUUUUGGCUGCCUUUCCAGAGAUGCCAAUAGUACACCUGUUCUCUUGGCUUCUGCCUGCAGGAAUUCCAAUCCCAGGAUUGGAGACAUCAUCCAGAAGGUAGCCCCUUUCCUGAAGAUGUAUAGCGAAUACGUGAAGAACUUUGACAAGGCAGUCGAGCUGAUAACCACGUGGUCUGAAAAGUCCUUGCCAUUCCAGGAACUCAUCUCAAGCAUUCAGGUGAAAAUUGUUUUGCUAUUAUUUCAUAAAAUGUUAGUACUGCUUGUUUUGGGUGGGGGAACACAUUGAAGUGGUUUACAAAAAUAAUGAAAGAACGUCAUUCUCAAUUUAAAAACAAUUUGAAACCUUCAAAACAUAAUUAAAAUCAAUGCUAAGCCAUAAAGAAACCCUGAUAAAAAUGAAUGUCAAAAUUCUACAUAUCUGGGAAGGCUCCCCUGAACAAAAAUGUUUUUAUUUUUAAUUUUUAUUAUUUUAUUUUAAAUUUUUAUUAAGCAUAUACAUAUAAGAAAAAUGUUUUUAGCAGGAACAGUGAAAGCACUUACCUGAUGUCAAUAGGCAGGGAGUUUGGAAGUGUGGGUUCUAAAAGAUUAAUUCCUUACAAAUGCAGAAUGAGGAUUAUGUGAUACCUGUAGUAGUGCCAGUUCUGCAGACUGGAGCAGUCAAGAGGGUAUAUAUGGAGUCAGAUGAUCUUCCAUGUAAACUGGUCUCAAGCUGUUAAUACUAAAAGUAACACCUUGAACUUGGUCUUGUAGAAAGGGUCUCAGAGCUUAUUGCACAGUAACCUUUUUAAAAACUCAGGGUAGCUUCGUAUGCAACAACAGCAGCAAGAAUACUCAUCGCAAAGUAUUGGAAGACACAAGAACUUCCCACGCUGGAGGAAUGGCAGAUGAAAUUUAUGGAUUAUAUGGAACUGGCUGAAACGACUGGUAGAAUCCGUGACCAGGGAGAAGAGUCGAUGGAGGAAGACUGGAAGAAAUUCAAAGACUAUCUUCAGAAACACUGCAAAAUUAAGGAAUGUUAGAGUGAUGUUGGACUGAAAACAAGUGGUUUCCAGCUGCACAGGUUAAAGUUAAGGAUAGAUUAAGAUUAAAGAUCAAGAUUAAAGAUGUUUAAAGAAAUGGAAAUUUGAUAUUAAAAGGGAAAACUUUAAAGUUAUAUGAUAUUAAGAUAUUAAGAUUAAGGAUUAGGUUUAAAAAAGUUGAAGUUAUAUAUUUUAACAUUUUAUUAAAUUAAAGAUUGGGAUUAAAAAAGUGGAAAAGAAACUGCUGGACAAAUAAUGUGGACUGGAAUACAAAAGAGGGAGGUAUGAGGAAGUCUAGAAAAUAAGUAAUUUAAAAUUGGAAAUGGAAAAGAGAGUUUGUUUUUAAUUGUUGUGUUUUGUGUUUUUAUUGUUAAGUUUUGUAUUGUUUUUUGUGUGUGUUGUUUUUCUUGUUUUGUUGUUUAAAACUUUAAUAAAAAAUUAUUAAAAAAAAAAUAAAAAUAAAAACUCAGGGUAGCUUCUAUCAGGGAGGCCACCCACACCAUAACUGUGUACAGUGGUACCUUGGGUUAAGUACUUAAUUCGUUCCGGAGGUCCGUACUUAACUUGAAACUGUUCUUAACCUGAAGCACCACUUUAGCUAAUGGGGCCUCCUGCUGCUGCUGCACCGCCGGAGCACAAUUUCUGUUCUCAUCCUGAAGCAAAGUUCUUAACCUGGAGCAAUAUUUCUGGGUUAGCGGAGUCUGUAACCUGAAGCGUAUGUAACCUGAAGCGUAUGUAACCCGAGGUACCACUGUACAUGCAUAUAUGUAGCAUGGAACUUAGGCAUUUUCUUCUCCUUGAGAAAAUACUGGAAGGACACUGCCUUCUCCAUCCAGACUAGCCUUUCUUCACCCAUUUUGCCUAGCCUGGUGACUAAUGUCUUCUACACCAAUCUUUAGCCAGCUGCUCUCAGCUGGGAUAAUAGGCUCUGUAGUUCUUUCUGUGCUUCUUGGUGAGCCCUGUACCCCAGGUCUCAAAAGAUUGCAUUGGUCCCAUGUCUCACGUUCUUCCUGAGACACUGGACUCCUUCUGCUGCAGUGGCUGGGAAUUUCUUGCUUCCAGAGGACCUCAAAUAUUCCAUCUCUGUGCUGUAGAAAGACUUGAACCAAAGCAUUAAAUUUCUUCCAUCUGUUACACCACCAAGACAUGAUAGAUAAGCCUUCACCCAGCUGGUGCCCUCCAGAUGUUUGGCUUACAACUCCCAUCAGCCUCAGCCAUCCCAGGGGCUGAUGGGAGGUGUAGUCCAAAACAUUUGGAGAGCACCGUGUCGGUGAAGGUUGCAGUAGAUGGUCAUCUUGGUUUGUGAAGUGGUGAGGCCAGCCAAGUAUCUGUAGUUUAAUGUUUAUACACUCAUGUCUAUGAUGCCUUCUGCUUUCUCUUUCUGCUAUUGUUACUAUCCUGAGCAGAGACGGGAGAUCUCAGCCAACUUAACCUUGCAGCAUCAUAUGCUGGAGCCAGUGCAGAGAAUUCCUAGAUAUGAACUCCUUCUGAAGGAUUACAUACGAAAGCUACCUCCAGAGGCACCGGACAGGGAGGAUGCAGAGAGUAAGAGCUCCAUUUGGUCCAUUCUGUGAUGUGGGCAAAGAAGGAAGUUGACAGAGGAGUUGUUUGGUUGGAGGAGACUGUCCUUUAGCAGUGACACACAUGUACCUGCUAGUUGAGUGAUUCUAAGGCUUUCAUACCAGGGUUGAUUUGCAAUUCCCCUGCUAGGCUUGUGCCUCCCUUCUCCUGCUCAGUGCCAUGCAACUGCAAGAACCCUGGGAAAGUGUUGGAGACUGGGCAAUGAGCUUACUGCAUGCAUUCCAUUCAGGGCUGGACUUCUGUUGCUUUAAGAACUACAAAGAUAGAAGGUCCAUCAAUGUGUCACUGACGUCAUUGUUUUGAAAACUCCCUGCACCUCCUAAAUAUGAUCCUGGUUCACCUAUAUCUUUUUUAUUAAAUUUAAAUGUACGUAUGCAUAUAUACAUGUAAUUACUUUUACAUUCCCUUUAUAUAUGUAAGCAAGGAGAACAAUCAUCCAGUUAAUCAAAAGGGGCUGAUGAUAUUUAUGCAAUUGACUCAAUUCAAUAUUCAAAAACCUGAUCACACCUAUUGGUUACCCAGGAUCGCUCCAUCUUCAUAUUUCCUUCUUUAGAUUUAUUCUUAGUACAUAUUAAAAUACCAGUCCAUGGCACCAAUGUAAUUUUAUCAUGGGGGCUGUGGGCACAAGGGGAAAUACUCCAAGGCUCACAGAGCGCCCCUCCAGUGCUGCCAUAGCAAGGAAUACAGGUGUGCAAAUGGGUUGUGUGAGAGAGCCCUGAGAGUUAAAUGUUUCUCUGGUGCUUUUGCAGAAGCCCUGGAAAUGAUUUUCACUGCAGCCAAACACUCCAAUGCUGCCAUUGCAGAAAUGGUGAGUGCACUGAUCUCAUGCGAGUGACUCCUUGCAGCCAGAGACAUUUGCAACAGAGCUGUUUGGUCCCUGUCUUGUUCAUCUUAAUACUGAUGGUCCUGCAGGAACGACUCCAGAACCUUUGGGAGGUGUAUCACAGGCUGGGGCUUGAAGACGACAUCGUGGACCCUUCCAACGAGCUGAUAAAAGAGGGACCCAUUCAGAAAAUCUCAUUCCGGCACAACAACACAACAGAGAAAUACCUGUUCUUGGUAAGAGAUUAAUCAGGUUGGGGGAUGGUGGGAAGGGAAGAUAGCAAUACAUCGCUGUUGGACAUCUGUGUUCUUUUGCACAAUUCAGAGAAGUUGUGCUGCUGUUUGGAUAAAUGAAAGAAAGAAAUAUUUAGGAGUUUGGAAAGAUAUGCAAGGUAUGUCUACAGUGUAUAAAGGUAAAGGUAAAGGUACCCCUGACUGUUAGGUCCAGUUGCAGACCACUCUGGGGUUGCGGUCCUCAUCUCGCUUUACUGGCCGAGGGAGCCGGCGUUUGUCCUCAGACAGCUUCCGGGUUAUGUGGCCAGCAUGACUAAGCUGCUUCUGGCGAACCAGAGCAGCGCACGGAAACGCCGUUUACCUUCCUGCCAGAGCGGUACCUCUUUAUCUACUUGCACCUGAUGUGCUUUCAAACUGCUAGGUGGGAGGGAGCUGGGACCAAACAAUGGGCGCUCACCCCAUCGCGGGGAUUCAAACCGCCAACCUUCUGAUCGGCAAGCCCAAGAGGCUCAGUGGUUUAGACCACAGCGCCACCCGCGUGUAUAGUGUAUAGGGAAGGGCAAAUAAUAAGAGCCUUGAAUCUGAUACCCUACAAAGAAAGGCUUAAAACUCCUGAGACUUUUUCAUUUGGACAAAGGUGACUGAGACUGUGACAGAGGCUUACAAAGGCUGUGGCCUUAUGCAUAUCCACAUGGGAGUAAACCUCACUGGAUACAAUGAGACUUGCUUCUGAGAGUAAGCAUGCACUGGAUUGCACUGAAAAUUAUGUGCAGUGUGGAGAAAAUAGAUUGGGAAGUUUCUCUCCCUCUCUCCUUAUGCUAGAACCUAGGAAGACAGUCAGCCAAUGAAACUGAUUGGCAUGAAAGCACUUCUUCACCCAAAUAAUUUUUGGAAUUUGCUGCCUCAAGAUGUGGUGGUAGACGUUAGCUCAGAUGAGCUGAAAAGGGAAUGAGACAAAUUCAUGGAGGAUAAUUUACUUAGUGGCCACUAGCUGUAGUCAUGGUGGCUAUUUGAAACAUCUAGGCUUAGAGGCGAUAUGUUCAUGAAUACCAUCUGCUGGGGGGGGGCAACAGUGGAGCAGGGCUAUUGCCCUCCUGCCUCUGAAGUGAAUAAUCCAAAUGAUAAUUGUAUUCUGAUUUUCAAUCAACCAGGGAGAAUGAGAACUGUGCCAACAAUAAAUGCCACCCCCCCGCAGUAGCCAAGUACCUCAUUAGCUGAUGGAAGUUGGUGCCCAGAACAUCUGGAGGUCAUGUAAAGGCUGGCAUAGCACUAAGUGAUAAAUGCACUGGGUUCUUUCCUGACCGAUUGGUGGCAACAAUUCCUUCUUCCCUUGUUUGGAGUGGUUCAUAUUCUGAAGUCUCUAGUCUUCAGAGGGAGAGAUUAACCGAGACAAACCAUUAUUGUAUUGACUGGUUCAUUUGACAUUUGCUCUCUUCUUUUGGCCCUUCUUUGUUCAGACGUGAUGUGCCCCCCUCCCACCAAGGCUUUAUUCUCCCCCACCUCUUGUCUCUCUCAGUUCAAUAACUUGCUGCUGUACUGUGUGCCAAAAGUCAUCCAAGUGGGCGCAGCGUUUCAGGUGCACAGCCGGAUCGAUGUGGAGGGCAUGAAGGUCAGAGAAUUUCAUUGCAGGUUAUUCCCUUUAAUUAUACUUGUGGGGUGGGGGGUGGCCCUGCCCCAUAUUUUUCCACAGGAUGGCGACAUCUGGAGAAACAUAAAACAAAAAUAUAACAAGCAGAGCAGGAAGUAGAGUAAACCCCCCCAAUACGCAUAUGUAGGGGGAAAAAUGAUAAGGGGAGGAAUGCAAUGUGGUGCUAAAGAGAUCACAGUCUCAGUGCAAGCAUUUCUGCUUGCUUGAAGGAACAAUAUUCCUUCUGUUCUUCCUACACCCUGUUCUGGGGGUUCUCCUGAACCCCCCCUCAGCCAAUUUGGGGGUGUUUGUGUGUGCAGGGAGGAAAGCCCCCUUGUGCUAGCAGAAGUCUUUGAGUGGGCUUUUGCCUGCAGGAACAGCUAGCUGAAUCUGGCCCAUAUAUUUAUAAAUGCUACCUGAGGAAGGGUAUGGCAUAUAUCUGACUAUAUUGGGACUUUUAAAUAUGUGCAUGCUUCAGGUGAGUUGUCCCCAUUCCCCCUCCCUGCCAAACUUUUGCAUGUGGAUUGGUUCAGGUGUUUGCUUGCUGCUCUCUUCCCUUUGAUUUGUUGAUUAUUUACUUAAUCAAGUUUGUAGCCCAUCCCUUCAACUUCCAAAAAUUACCAGGACACCUCAUGGAACAAAGCAUGAAAAAAUAAAAUUCACUGUUUGUGUGUGAAAAUAUCCAACACUUGCAUUACUCAGAGUAGACUGACUGAAAUCCCAUUACUUAAGUGAGAGGUGCAGACUCCUUGAAAGACCCGUUACUAAAGUCCAUUGAUCUCAGUGGUAUGGAUGUAAAUUGAAUAUGACAGCAGCGGACGCCAUCAGGGAAACAGCAGCAGCAACUUUUUACCCACAUCAGUGCUAAUUGUUUUACUUAUCUGGACUUGCAGGUUCGGGAGCUGAACGAUGUGCAGUUUCCUUAUGCUUUCCUUGUAUCAGGGAAGCAACGAACUCUAGAACUGCAAACCAGGUAACUGACAUAAGAAUUUUGUCUUUUCUGAUUCUCACGCAGAACGAUGAGGACAACUGUUCUCUAACAGGUGACUUCUCUUUCUAUGCAGGUCCCAGGAAGAGAUGAAUGAUUGGAUAAAGGUAACCCAUGCUUCUACCCUUUACCCUACGUCAAGGUCCUGCCCCGUGAGAAAGGCAAAGUGUUUGCCCUUUUUAACAAAAUCAAUGAAAUCGUAGAUGAUUAUUACAAGAACAUGCCAGGAGGAAAAACGUAUGUAACAUUUGGUAUGGGCAUAGGGAGGAGGGGGAGAGCUUAGCACCCCUUGACUGCCAGCUCCCCACUCCCAUACUUCAGAAGUGAGUGGGGCAGAUGUGGCUUCAACCUGCCACAUUCAUGUGUGGCUUGAGCCUCAGAGCUUUCUUUCAACUUCUGCUUUUCUUCUCCAGGCCUUUGAGUCUGCCAUUGACAAGAAGGAGAAAAGCAGUGGGACCUUCAAGGUGGCGAUCCAAGGGCCAGAUUCCGAGAUGCAAGAUUUAACUGUAAUCCUCCUGACUGUACUCACUCACUGAAUUAUAGAAUCAUAGAACUGUAGAGGUGUCCAACCCUGUGCAAUGCAGGAACCCACAGCUAAAGAAUCCCUGGGAGAUGGCUAUCCAAAACCUUCUGUGAAGGACAGUCCACUACUCUCUGAGGCGGUCCAUUCCACUUCUCUAUUCCUCCUCAUGUCUCCACCUCACUUCUAAAAGCAUUUCCUGUAUUACCGUAUUUUAAUUAUUUCACAAAAUGUAUAGAUCACUUAAUAGAACAACUAAGCAGCUUGCUUUAUGCAGUCUUUUUUUUAAAAAAUACAAAUACAAAUAAAGCACACAAAAAUUUACACGGAAAUUGUAAGAUAAAAUGGUAAUAUUAAAACACUUUUGUCAAAAAUGACAUGCUAAAAUGACAUGCCUAGGUAGGCUUGCUGGAAUAAAAAAGUUUUGAGCCAGUGCUAAAAAGCAGUACAUGCCUGCCUAAUAGGAAGGCCAUGAGUGAACAUUCUGAAAUCUGCAACAGGGAAAUGGAAAGCGUGUGAUGAUUGGAGGACAAGACAGAGGAGUGGAAUGUGCAAGAAAGAGGUACCUAACAAGGCUCUGGCAAUGGUACUAAGCAAUAUGGAAGAGGCUUCAUACUUGUCCAUGUCCUGGACCCUGUGAGCUGUAGCCAUAAUUGCCUUCAUUGCCAGAGAGUCCAUCUCAGUGGUUCUUUGAUUCCAACCCCCUUCACACAGUGCAUAGCUUAAUUGUAGAAUUCGCUCCCACAAGACGUAGUGAUGUCCCCCAACCAGGAUUGCUUUAAAAGAAGAUUAGACAAAUUCCUGGAGGAUAAGUCCUAUCAACAAUGCCUACUAGCCACAAUGGCUCUGUUCUACCUCCACUGUAAGAGGCGAUAUAUCCCUAAAUACUAGUUGCUGGGAAUCAUAAGUUGCCAAAAGCACUGUUGCACUCAGGUUCUGCUUGUGGCAGGGGCGGCCCGUGCAUUAGGUUGGAUUUUGCUUCAGACAGCAGAUCUACCCCUGCCAUUAUGCUGUUGCCAGCCCUGCUGACAUUGACUUGCAGGCUUCUCAAAGAACCUAGUUGGCCACUGGGAGAACAGGAUACUGGAUUAGAUCGCCCUUUGAUCAUAUCCACCAGGGUAUAUCUUCAUGUUCUUAUGGUCUGCUUUACCCCCAGCAUUGCCAGUUUGAUGAGCUGGGCAAGCGGGCUCCUCAGUGGAUCAGGGACAAGCUGGUGACCAUGUGCAUGCGUUGCAAGGGCCCUUUCAAUGCGAUCACACGCAGAAGGCACCACUGCCGGGCCUGCGGCUAUGUGAGUACACCUCCUCCGAGUUCCUUUGGGUAGGGCAGCCACAUGGAAGGGCCUUGGGACUCCAUGUUGGUUUAGGGCCAGUCCGGAGAACUGAUCCCAAGAGCGACCAUGCUUGGUCCAGCUGCAUCUGGGUGCCGUUGGUGCUGGGGACAGAUGCUGAACUCUUCCAGUUCUAUGUUCAGUUUUGGUUCAGGUCUUGUUUAAAGAAGAAUGGGGGUUUCCUCUGUGAAUCUACGCUGCAGCAACCCUUUGGUUCCUCUCCUGGAGGCAGGUGGUGUGUGGCCGGUGCUCCGAGUACAAGGCCGAAUUGCAAUACGACAAGAGCGGGCCCAAGCGUGUCUGCAUGGAGUGCUACAUCUUCCUGACAGGGCAUUUGUUGCCCGACGAGCGGCAGGCAAGGCAUAAAGGCAUCUUGGAGGUGAGGAGGAAGCAGAGCUGAGACGUCUCCAUCCUCUCUGUCUCAGUCAAUUGCCUGCCCCAUUUCCUGCCUUUCCUCCACUUCAGCCAUGGCUUGGUCACCUGUGCUGGAUUUCCUCCUUUCAGUCCAUUCAGGUUCUUCAAAUUAGGCAAGUAAAGUAAGUAGGGGGUGAUGCUUACACCAAACGGAAUGGGACAAAGCACUGGAGUAUCCUGGCAAAUAAUGGCUCUCUACAAGCAUCUGCUCAUUGCGCCCUACAUAUUUACUGCCGGAAAUAGUGAUGGAACCUGGUUGCCACAGAAAAGGUGUGAAGUGGAGCUGAAAGACAGGGGACAAGGGAGUGAGAGGGACUCUGUCCAUGGUACUGAAGACUGAAAAACCAAUAGACUAGACCUCCAGCCCCUAUUAUGUUGACACAAGGCACUGAAGGUUUUCUAUGUAUUAUUUAUUUAUUGCAUUUAUAGCCCACCUUUUAAUCCCUGGAGCUCAGUGUGGCUUACGUAGUUCUCCCUCUCCUCCUUUAUUCCCCACAACAAGCCUGUGAGGGAGGUUAGGCUGAGAGGGAGUGUUAUAGACUGGCUGGAUGCAGAAGAGUUGUGGGAGCCACCAGUCAGGAAAACACCCCUUCCCCAGGGAACCCCCAGAGGAAGAAGGCUCAGAGACAGGGGAUUAGUGGUCAGAGGGAGACUCGGAGGAGGAGGUGUCAGCAGCAGGAUCGGUGACAGGAUUUAGUGAAUGUGAAGAAGCCAUGGCAGAGAGCAGUUCACACUCUUGUGCUGAAGCAUAGGCUGGAGGGAGGGUGGCCAAGAGGCAGAGAAGAGAGAGGCUGCAACCAGCUCCCCUUCCCACUUGUCUCCUAGAACUCUCAUAGAAACGAAAUGGGCAGAGCAGAGGGUGGCUGUGCGCAGACGCAGCCUGAGACUGCGGGGGAAAGACCCUGGAGAGGAGGAGUCCUAGUGGGCACAGGGAAGGUGGGGACCUUCAGUCCUUGCAAGUGCUUCAUCAGGGCAAGGCCUCCUAGGAAGAGUUGCUGAGACCACUAGGCCUGAGCUGUGGUUGUUUCCUUGAAUAAAGAGUUUACUUCACUGGUCCAGGGUGAGUUAUUGCUUUGUUGAUGACCUACGCCUGACUCCAGCCCUGACAGGUAGUGCCUGGCCCAAGGUCACCCAGUGAGCUUCAUGGCUAAGUGGGGAAUCAAACCCUCGUCUCCCAGGUCCUAAUCCAACACUCUAAUCACUGCACCAUCCUUACAUUCUGACCCAGAAAGGAGUGAAAACAGUCAUUCUCCCUGCCUGUUUUAUCCAGCGGUGCAGCCAGGACCAGGGUGGAAUUUACACACAUAUAAAAAACACUGUGAAAAUGCUUUUCUAAAAAAAUGUUUUGAAAAACACAUUGAAUUUUGCAUAGCUCACUAUACCACCUAGUGUCAGAUUUGUAUAUUGCACUUUACACCACAUUUAAAACAUUUUAUCUGCAGCUGUGUUGCUGAGUCCCAGAACUGUUUGCUGUGUUCCAUUCUGUAGAUCACAAUCUAUAGACACAGGAGCCAGUAGGAGCUUCUAGGCUAAAGAGCAUUAAGGGAAUGGUGUGGUGUUUUUGUUUAAUUGGCAGAAAGAGUCUGCAGAAAUAUCGGGGCAGAGCCUGAUGUGCAGUUUCCUGCAGCUGUUGGAUAAGAACGGAAAGGGGAGCAUGCGUGGCUGGUUUGUGAUCCCACGAGAUGACCCUCUUGUGCUGUACAUUUACGCUGCACCCCAGGUAUGUGUGGGCUUAUUGAGAAUUUGUUCUUGUGUGGAAGCUCAGAUGGUUCACAAUGGGCGUGGCUAACCUUUGGCCUUUCAGAUGUUGCCAAACUACAACUCCCAUCAUCCCUGGCCAUUGGCCAUGCGGGCUGCAUCUGAUGGGAGUGGGAGUCCAAGGACACCUGGAGGGGCCACACUGGUUCUCCAUCCCUUGAGGGAACUUAAUUGCCAAGAUAUCCCAAGCUGCUGUUCUGAGCGCUCAGUACACAGGCCCACCAUAAACAGGAGCAGAGGCUCCCAGCUCUUCCUCUGGCAGUUCCUGUUGGGAGAAACCUUGAGUGCAAAAAUGGCUAGAGAGGAAAGGCUUAAGCAACUGCAUCCCCUGCUAUUUCUCUGCUUAAAUUACAGCGGCCUCUUGAGGCUGCCUUUGGUAAAAACCAAGAAAUAACUACAUUAGUGAGAAGAUACAUGCAGCUGCAUGCCAUGAAUAGUUUUAGUCCUUAAACAUUGCAAAACCAGCUCACGUUGACAAUGAUCUCCUUGUUAAACAGGGAGCAGCUCUGGAUUGGUUUUGUGGAGUCAGUUUGGAACAUCUGGAAUUGCUUCCUUUUGAGCCUCUCGUCCCCCCUCUCUUCCCACUUGCCUCCCAGGAUGUCAAGGCUCACACUUCCAUCCCCCUGCUGGGCUACCAAGUCAAAGAGAUGCCCCAGAUCGACACCCGUCACAUCUUCCAACUGGUGCAGUCCAAGCAGGUCUAUACGUUGGUGGCAGAGACGGAGGAGCUGAAACAGCGGUGGAUGAAGGCCAUUACACACUCGGCUCGUGGGGAAGAGGAGGAAGACUCGUUUGAUGAGCUGGAAUGA